AUGGCUCCGUGGCCUCACGGGAACGGCUCUCUGGCUUCGUGGCCGGAUGCCCCCACCCUGACGCCCAAUACUGCCAACACGAGUGGGCUGCCGGGGGUGCCGUGGGCGGUGGCAUUGGCGGGGGCGCUGUUGGCGCUGGCCGUGCUGGCCACCGUGGGAGGCAACCUGCUGGUCAUCGUGGCCAUCGCUCGGACGCCGAGACUCCAGACCAUGACCAACGUGUUCGUGACCUCGCUGGCCACAGCAGACCUGGUGGUGGGACUCCUGGUAGUGCCGCCGGGGGCCACCCUGGCGCUGACCGGCCACUGGCCCCUGGGCGCCACUGGUUGCGAGCUGUGGACCUCAGUGGACGUGCUGUGUGUGACGGCCAGCAUUGAAACCCUGUGCGCCCUGGCCGUGGACCGCUACCUGGCAGUGACUAACCCGCUGCGCUACGGCGCCCUGGUCACCAAACGGCGCGCCCGGGCAGCCGUGGUACUGGUGUGGGUCGUGUCAGCGGCGGUGUCGUUUGCGCCCAUCAUGAGCAAAUGGUGGCGCGUGGGAGCCGACGCCGAGGCGCAGCGCUGCCACUCCAAUCCGCACUGCUGCGCCUUCGCCUCCAACAUACCCUACGCGCUGCUCUCCUCCUCCGUCUCCUUCUACCUUCCGCUCCUUGUGAUGCUCUUCGUCUACGCGCGCGUUUUCGUCGUGGCUACGCGCCAGCUGCGCCUGCUGCGCGGAGAGCUGGGCCGCUUCCCGCCAGGGGAGUCUCCGCCGGCCGCGUCUCGCUCUCUGUCCCCCGCCCCGGCGGGGCCGUGCGCUUCUCCCGCAGGGGUGCCCUCCUACGGGCGGCGGCCCGCGCGCCUUCUGCCUCUCCGGGAACACCGGGCCCUGCGCACCUUGGGUCUCAUCAUGGGGACCUUCUCUCUCUGCUGGUUGCCCUUCUUUGUGGCCAACGUGGUGCGAGCCCUCGGGGGCCCCUCUCUGGUUCCCAGCCCGGCUUUCCUGGCCCUUAACUGGCUAGGCUAUGCCAACUCCGCCUUUAACCCGCUCAUCUACUGCCGCAGCCCCGACUUUCGCAGCGCCUUUCGCCGCUUGCUGUGCCGCUGCCGGCGGGAGGAGCGCCACGCAGCAGCCUCCGGGGCUGGAGAAACCUCGGAUGCCCCUGCGGCGCUGAGCAGGCCCGCAGAGUCGGGGCUUCCUGGGGGAAUUUCUUAG